AACAUUCUCAUUUCUCUCUCUAAUCAACAAUGGAGGCUUCUCUGCAACUCAAUGUGAGAACCUUCAGAUUCCAAAAGUUCAAUUCUAAACCUCUAUCCAAACACGCCACCAAAUUCGCUACGAUUCGCUGCUCCGUUGCCACACCCACACGACACUAUAUUAUCACUCUGCUUCCAGAUGAUGGCAUUGGCCCUGAAGUCAUCUCCGUUGCCAAGAACGUCCUCCAGCUCACAGGCUCUCUCGAAGGGAUUGAAUUUGGGUUCAAGGAAAUGCCUGUGGGUGGGGCUGCCUUGGAUUUGACAGGAGUUCCACUGCCGGAGGAGACCCUUUUGGCUGCAAAGCAAUCCGAUGCUGUUCUGCUUGGCGCAAUUGGAGGGUAUAAAUGGGAUAAAAACCAAAAGCAUUUCAAGCCUGAGAUUGGAUUACUUCAGCUGCGGGAAGGUCUUAAGGUCUUUGCAAAUCUGAGGCCAGCUUGUGUUCUGCCACAGUUAGUGGAUGCUUCAACUUUAAAGAAAGAGGUUGCUGAAGGUGUUGACCUUAUGGUAGUGAGGGAGCUUACAGGAGGUAUUUAUUUUGGAAAACCAAGGGGGUUUGGCACAAAUGAAAAUGGUGAUGAGAUUGGUUUCAACACUGAGGUCUAUGCAACCUACGAGAUUGAUCGUAUUGCUCGUGUUGCAUUUGAGACUGCUCGGAAGCGGGGUAGGAAACUCUGUUCUGUUGAUAAAGCAAAUGUUUUGGAGGCAUCAAUGCUUUGGAGGCAAAGAGUAAUGGCGAUAUCCUCAGAGUACCCUGAUGUUGAACUCUCCCACAUGUAUGUUGACAAUGCUGCAAUGCAGCUUGUUUGUAAUCCAAAACAGUUUGACACAAUCAUAACGAACAAUAUAUUUGGUGAUAUUUUAUCGGACGAGGCUUCAAUGAUCACAGGAAGCAUUGGGCUGCUUCCAUCUGCUAGUCUUGGUGAAGCGGGACCUGGAUUAUUUGAACCCAUACAUGGGUCUGCUCCUGAUAUUGCUGGACAGGAUAAAGCAAACCCUUUAGCAACAGUGCUCAGUGCUGCCAUGCUUUUGAAGUAUGGCUUAGGGGAAGAGAAGGCCUCUCAGAGAAUUGAGACUGCAGUGUUGGAUACUUUGAAUAGGGGCUUUCGCACUGGUGAUAUAUAUUCGGAAGGAAACAAAUUGGUUGGAUGCAAGGACAUGGGCGAAGAGGUGCUGAAUUCGAUAAGUCCUAAAAUUCCAGCCGCUGUAUGAAUUGAAAAAAAUAGAUUAGCCCUACGAGAAGAUGCUGAUUUAUUCCAACAGUUGUUUGCAAUGAUUUUGAGAGCGACGCAUUUUUGGUGCUCAGUUGAAAUAUGCUACUUGGAUUUUGUUCCAGAUUAUAGCAAGAUUCUCAGAAGUUCCUCUUAUGUCUCAUCCUUUUGUUUCUGUCAAUUGUCUGCGGAAUUUUAGUAUUAUAAGGCCAGCAAUUUUAAGUGCUGUUUUUUUGGUUAUUGGUUUUGUCCUUGAAUAUAUAUUUAAAACCUUUAUUUGCUGGCAAGGGAUGUUGUAAUAUGGAAAUAAUAAUAUGCUAAGAUAAUUCGAAUU